CACGCUUCGCAGCUAGGGGUCUAUGUUUCAUCAUGUAGUUGUUUGCUGUUAAGAAGAUCCUUUAGUUCUCUGCCUGCAGACAAGAAAUCCCUCAUAGCAGAGGGACCAAGUCUGGGAGAGUUUAUAUCGGGAGAAGUUAUUCCACAGGAGAAUCCUUACAGGAGAAAGAAAGGACAGCGACUACGUCUACCACCAUGGCUAAAAAGGGAGAUACCCACUGGUAAAAAUUAUCAUAAACUCAAAGAAACACUUAGAGAGUUGAACCUAUCUACCGUGUGUGAAGAAGCUAAAUGUCCAAAUAUUGGUGAAUGCUGGGGUGGAGGAGAAAGUGAAACAGCUACGGCAACUAUCAUGGUACUCACUAGUGUAAAUAUAGAAUUAAGUGCYAAUAAAGAGUUUCCUUUCCUUUCNUGUCAAGGCAAGUUCAUCUCAAAGUGUACUGACUUACUUUGUAGAAAUCCAGGCAUACUUGUAGAAUGCUUGACAGGAGAUUUCCGAGGUGAUCUUAAAGGUGUGGAGGAUGUGGUAAAAUCAGGACUGGAUGUUUAUGCUCACAAUGUGGAGACAGUGAACAGACUACAGUUGCUUGUGCGUGACCCAAGAGCAAACUACAAACAGUCCCUUGAAGUACUACGACAUGUGAAGAGACUUGAGCCCAGCAUGGUGACUAAAAGUUCAUUGAUGCUUGGCCUGGGUGAAAGUGAUGAAGAAGUCCAACAAGCCUUAAAAGAUCUCCGUGAUGCUAAUGUCGAUUGCGUGACAUUAGGACAGUACAUGCAACCGACAAGGCUUCAUCUAAAGGUCACGGAGUAUAUCACUCCAGAGAAGUUCAAGCACUGGGAGUUGGUCGGUGAUGAACUGGGCUUUGCAUACACUGCUAGUGGACCGCUUGUAAGAUCUUCAUACAAAGCAGGAGAAUUCUUCCUGACGAACUUGCUGAAAACUCGAAAACGCAACACAGAUUGCCAACACCAAACAGAAGGGAAAACCAGCUAGUGGGGGGUGACGCGCCUUCUGUCCAGCGUGUUUACCAAGCUAUGCUCUGCCAAAGUCCAAAGAAGGUUCGAGUCAUGUCAUUCAGGGACACACACAGAUACGCAGAAGUCAAUUUACGUUCAGUUCAGGAAAUGAAGAUUGUGGUUGUAGUAGCAUGAACAUUUAAUAUGAGAAUUACGGAGUGGCCCGUUUAAACUUUACGUGAAAUCAUUGUCCGGUAGAGAUGUCAAAGGUUAACUCUUGGGAGAAGAUAAAUUUUACAAGAUGAAAGGCCAUCGUUUAUGGUGUAAAUAUAUUUUUUAGAGGGAAGAAGGCUCCCGAGUGAAAUUAAUGGGUGUCGUCGCCUUGAGUGUGUAUUGGGUGUGUAUUGUGAGUAUCGUUUCCGCCCAAACUGCUCGACUUAUUCCCAUGUCGAACUACAAUACAACACAAUACAAACUUUAUUGAAAUUCCAAAAAAUGGCUUUUCAAUGCCAAUUUACUAGAACUGUAAUAUUCACAAAUAUAUCAAAAAAAUUAUCAUCUUUCAAUCAACUUCAACUUUCAAUUUUAUCAUUCAUAAAUUUCUAUAUCAAUGUAGACUUGAGCUUCUUUUCAAAAGUAGUAAUAUUUUCAAUAGAUUUU